AUUCAAGUCGGUAUAAGUACUGCAGACGGCCGUUAUCGAUUUAGUAACGCGGUUGGCUGUGGGAGUUGGCCGUUUAUAAAUACUGAAGAAUCGUUAUUGUUUUUAAUCCUUAAUUUUUUUAGACACGAUUCCCAUUGAUUGCUUUAUUAUACAUAUUAAAUUAUAUUUGAAGUAUUAAUUAAUACACUCGCGAAAAUUAACUUUGACAUUUUGUUCUCGUUCCGGAUUUUAAUAUGAUAAACAUAAAAAAUUCCGUUUCCUUCCUCAGAAAUCAACCAUCAUUCGUUCAGCAGUUAUUCGUCAAUUUACUGUUGGCGCCGACAAUUAUUAAGUUGACGACGAACGCUCCAACGUCGUCUGCCAUGAACUUGUUCGAAAACAACAGCUUAUCCACAGUGGAAAUAAUCCAAAACAAUGGUUAUGACGUUGAAAUCCACAAUGUCAUUACAGCCGACGGUUACAUCCUGGAGUUACAUCGUAUCCCCAGGAGUAAGCGUGGACAGGAGCCCACCAGAAACCAUCCGAUACUAAUCCAUCACGGCAUUCUCGGUACAUCGGCCGAUUGGGUUCUAGCUGGAGCUGACAAGUCGUUACCCAUGCAACUCGCCGACGACGGGUAUGACGUGUGGUUGGCCAAUUGUCGCGGUAACACGUACAGUAGAAAACAUAUUUCGAUGACUUACAAACAAAAAUCUUUUUGGAAUUUUAGUUUACAUGAAGUCGGGAAAUACGAUAUACCAGCUACGAUCGAUUAUAUUCUUUCGACUACGAAUUCAACACAACUCCACUACAUAGGUUAUUCUAUGGGUAGUUGUGUGUUUUUCAUUAUGGCUUCGGAGAGACCAGAAUAUCAGCCCAAAAUCCGAUCACAAAUUAGUCUCGCACCUGUAGCUUUUUUGUCGAACACAAGAUCGUCUUUAAGAUUUAUGGCUCCGUAUGCGAAAAUGUUGAACGUUGUAUUUCACAGGAUGUGGAAAGGGAUGUUUAUGCCGCAAUCGGGUAUGCAGAGGUUUAUGGCGUCUACCAUAUGUAGAGAAAGAAUAACACAGAAAAUGAUAUGCGAAAAAUGCAUCAUAUUUUCCGUGUGCGGCAGCGACCCUUAUCACUUUGACACCAAGUUGAUUCCUCUCAUCAUGGGACACUUUCCGGCUGGAACGUCUUCUAAUCUCGCCGCGCACUUCGCACAAUUCAUAUUGAAAGAUACUUUCGGACAGUACGAUUAUGGUCGCGCUUUGAAUUUGCGUCACUACAAUUCCACCGAGCCACCAACAUACAAUUUGAAAUCGAUCAGAGUGCCUAUCACUCUGAUCUACGGCGAAAACGACAUAUUAGCCGACACGACGGACGUGUUGAAACUGAGAGCCCAACUGCCCAUGGUUUUGGACGCGUUCCCGGCCAAAAGUCCGUACUUCAAUCAUGUGGACUUCUUGUGGAGCACCCACGUCACUGAACAAAUCAACAAUCCUGUCAAGGAAAUCCUGCAGAAGACCGACAACUUAGGAUGGACGUACACGGGCACCGCGGCCACCGCCGUCCCCGUAAACGCCGCCGUCCCCGUCCAUCGACCGCCGAACCAGAUGCAGCUGAACCCCGUGCCGGGCAUCAUGAACCUGGCGCCCGGCCUGGAGUUCUUUGCCGAGAACCUGGACGCGAUAAUUGCGAGCACCAUGCCUCAGCCGGUGGACGAGCGCGACGCCGCUGUGUUCGAACGGGAACGGGAACAGCAGAAGCUACUGUUCGGCGGAGUCAUCAGGUUUGCGCAGGCGGCCGAAAAGAAGUACGGACAGCUCAAGGAGGAGAUCACCAACGAGAUCACCGGAUGGGCAGACGACGUGGCCACUGGCGCUGAGACUCGGGUCAAGCAGACGGCCGUCCUGGUGAACGGCAAGAUCGCGUUGGCCGGCCACUCGGUGGUCGGGGCCGUGGGCAAAGCGGAGAAUUUCGUCGUCGGCGGCGUCGGUAAGGCCGAACAGUCUGUGGCCAUGGGCAUCGGCAAGGCCCAUAACUACGUCAACUACGGCCUGAACAAGGCCGAUCGGGCCGUCGGGAACGCGUUGAACGCCACCGUGGGCCGCGUGAGCCGAGUGUUCUGGUUCUGGAAGUGAUGCGUCGGCUGACUAGAAAUAUUUUAUGCAUACGUAGUUAUCGCACUGUUGCCACGCGCCCAUCUGUAUAACAACACUCGGCCGCUCGUCGGGAACUGUUAUGGCUGUAGUUAGUAUAGUUAUAUAGUUAUUUAUUAAUUAUUAUUUUCGUGGUCAAAAUAUUUUUAGUUGUACUUUUGCGUUAACCCGAGCCGCAUACGAUUUAGUGGGUUUAUCGUUUUAGUGGCAUUUUUUAUAAUAUAUACAAUCAGUACCUAUACAUUUAUGUGUAUUUGAUUUUUUUUUUAUGUAUACGCUCCUUAUAUAAUAUAUUUAUAACAUUGUUUGUGUAAAGAUAAACUCGAGAAUUCUUACUAUAUAGUUCGAGUCAUGUAAUAAUUUUUUAUUUUGUUAUUGUCCCAAAGUUGGAAUUUUUACGUAUUUCAUUUAUAAAUACAAUAUUUAUAUUAAAAUUUGAUUUUUUUUUUU